UGGGCAGGGGGUUGGACUCGAUGAUUCCUGAGGUUUCUGCCAGCUCUAUGGUUCUAUGCUUCUGAAAAGGCUAUCGUUAGCUGGAACGCUUCAGAGUGGUAGCCGGUGAAGCUAGUAAAUAUCUUAUCGAAGCUCUUCAAUCUGUCAAUGAAUUAGAGCUUGAAGAUGCAAUAGAAAACAUCAUUGAUGCUGUUGAAAAGCAGCCUUUGUCAUCUAACAUGAUUGAACGGGCCACAGUGGAAGUCGCAGUCCAGGAAUGUAGCCAGUCAGUAGAUGAAACUAUAGAACACAUUUUCAAUAUUAUUGGGGCCUUUGAUGUUCCACGUUAUGUUUACAAUUCAGAAAGGAAGAAGUUUCUACCUCUGUCCAUGACUAAUCAUCCUGCGCCCAAUUUAUUUGGACCUGCCAGGGAUAAAGCAGAGUUGUUUCGUGAACGCUACACCAUCUUGCAGCAGAGGACGCAUAGACAUGAGCUGUUUACUCCUUCAGCAAUUGGUGCUCAUCCCGAUGACAACGGGAGUAAAUUCCAGCUUAAAACAAUAGAAACUCUGUUGGGCAAUACAGCUAAAGUUGGGGAAGUGAUUGUUCUUGGGAUGAUAACACAGCUAAAGGAGGGGAAAUUUUUCUUGGAAGAUCCUACAGGAGUUGUUCAGCUAGACCUUAGUAAAGCACAGUUCCACAGUGGCUUAUAUACUGAGUCAUGCUUUGUUUUGGCAGAAGGCUGGUAUGAGGAUCAAGUAUUCCACGUGAAUGCUUUUGGAUUUCCACCCACUGAGCCCAGUGCUACCACUAGGGCAUAUUAUGGGAACAUAAACUUUUUUGGAGGGCCUUCUUCAACUUCAGUAAAAGCUUCUGCAAAACUGAAACAACUGGAGAGUGAAAAUGAAGAUGCCAUGUUUGUUUUUGUUUCUGAUGUGUGGCUGGACCAAGCGGAAGUGUUAGAAAAGCUUCACACUAUGUUUUCAGGUUACUCCUCUGUGCCUCCAACUUGCUUUUUCUUUUGUGGAAAUUUUUCAUCUGCACCAUAUGGAAAAAAUCAAAUUCAAUCCCUAAAAGGUUCCCUUAAGGCUCUUGCAGACAUAAUAUGUGAAUACCCCAGCAUUCAUAAAAGCAGUCGAUUUGUGUUUGUUCCUGGCCCUGAAGAUCCUGGUCCUGGUUCAAUUUUGCCAAGGCCACCACUAGCGGAAAACAUCACUAGUGAAUUCAGAGAGCUGGUGCCAUAUUCAGUUUUCACUACAAAUCCUUGCAGGGUCCAGUACUGCACACAAGAAAUCAUCAUUUUUCGUGAAGAUUUAGUAAAUAAAAUGUGCAGAAAUUGUGUCCGCUUUCCUAGCAGCAACUUGGAUAUUCCUAACCAUUUUGUAAAGACUAUAUUAUCACAAGGACAUCUGACUCCACUUCCACUUUAUGUUAGCCCUGUAUUUUGGGCAUAUGAUUAUGCCUUGAGAGUGUACCCUGUGCCAGAUCUGAUCGUCAUUGCAGAUAAAUAUGAUCCCUUCACUGUGACUAAUAGUGACUGCCUCUGCAUAAAUCCUGGUUCUUUUCCCAGAAGUGGAUUUUCAUUCAAGGUGUUCUAUCCCUCCAACAAAACAGUAGAAGACAGCAAACUUCAAGGUCUCUGAAUUUCUGAAAGACUGCAGGAGGAGGUCAGACAUUCUAUUCCAAUAUAUUGCUGAACUAACUUUAGAUUGUUUCAUAUGGCUGUCAAUUUAUUUCAUUGUUAAUUAUUCAUUUUAAAUGUCAGUGCAAAAGACCGGUAAACUUUGUAAAUAAAUUUUUUACAGGAAAAAAUGCUUCUUAGAAGAAUGCAGGAUUCAUAUUAUACUGUGCCCAUAAAAGGUCAUGAUACCAUCCACAUUUUUAUUAGUCUUUAAGGUGCUGCAGGCCCAUUCGUUAUUUGAGUUAACCUGCACAAUUGAAAACUAGAAGUGGAGAUGCAAUGAAAACAGAUACUGAGGAUAUAUUUAACAUUAAGUAGUACGUAUUCAAAAUUGUAUGUCUCUUCUAAGAAUAUUUUUUUAUCUUGUGCUGGUUGCUCUUUGAAGUCAGGAUCUACUUGUGACACACAUACAGAGUACCUUUCUUGAGCCAUUUUGUUUCCUUUAGGGUAAAAUAUGAUUCUACAUUUGAUUUGACACUUUAAAAAUAAGUAUAUGCCUUAAGUAUUUGCACAGCCUCCUUUGAAACCAGCAUGUAAUAGUCUGCACCUUGUGAGAGUCUAAAACCUAGUUUGGCUCAGACUACAUUAGUGUUUGAUGAAAACAAGUGAAAUACUAGUGAGGGGGAAAAGUACUGGCAAUCAAAGGUUUCCUUUGGCAGACAAAGAUUUGAGCCUGGCUGCUAAAGAGUAUGAUGUAAAAAGUUUUCUCACUGAAGUUUUGUAUGCCAUAGGGUCUGUACACAAUUAGAAAUGUGUUAGAGGCAUUUGGAUAGACACUAAAUUGUGUGAGGCAGAAUUUUAUUCAAGAGCAAUUAUAACAUUUUAAAAACUGCAGUAUUUUGAUAGUUCUGCACUAACACCAUUCUUGUAUGUGAUCCAGUGAGGCCACCUGAAAAACAAGCAGGGACAUUAAAGUUACUAACUGCUUGACUUUGUUUUUGUUGUUACCAAGGUCUUAGGGAAAGGUAGGAGACAGGUUCUAGAGACCAAAUUUAAGCUUCUAGGUAAGAGAUUAAAAUUCAGAACCUCAAUUCUCUGAACUAACACUCCCUAAUGGCAGCCUUGCAACAACCAGGGGCUGAAACCUCAUCUAAAUGAGUUGAAUACUUCCAGAAGACCUUUGAGUACCCCACAAGUAUACAUAUCUAUGAUUGAGAACCAUUGUUUUAGAGUAGCCUCUUUUAUUAAAUCCCCCCUAUAUUCCAGUAAAGCAGAGAGUCGUUGAUAAAGUAGAGCCAGACCCAGAGUCCUGUUCAGUUACCUCACCUGAAUGAAGACAAGUAAAUACUGACACAUUUUAUAAGUGCUUGUAUGCUAGAAGUCUAAAAUGCUAAGAUGGGUGAACUUCAGUGACUGGUACUAAAGGAGAAAUCUCCGACAACAGGUAUAUCAGAAACUCAGUGAAACAUUCUUACACAGGGUACAAAAUUCAGAGGAAUGACAAAAUAGGUAGUGGUGUUGGGUAAGUGGCGCUACAUGUGAAAGAAGGCAUAAUCAAAUAUAGUAAAAAUCUUAAGAUUAAUCAAACAGUACCAUAGAAUCCCUGUGAACAGAAGUUCUUUGCUUGAAUAAGAGUAUAGUAGUAGGAACAUAUUACUGACCACGUGACCAGGUGGUGACAGUGAAAUACUUAGGGAGAGUAGAGGCUACACAAACUGGUUAUCAAGUCAUGGAAUUCAGAGAGAAAGUGUCUAGCCACCAUUAAUGACUGCUUCUUAGGGCAAAUUUAACAUCCUUGUAGGAGGGGAAAUGCCAAGGAAACCCACCACAGCAGUGUUUAGCUUCAAAAAGGGGAAUUACCCCAAACAUGAGCUUGUUAAAUAGAAAAUCUCUACAGACUUUUCCUUUUAGACAUGCCUGCAAGCUUUAUGAAAACUACUUAACAAAACCAAAGCAGAGGCUUGAAGCAGGUCUACACUACUGCUUACAUUGAUCUAAUGUACGUUGCCUCGAGGUGUGAAAAAGAUGACACCGCCCCCCAAGGGUCACAAGUUAGUGACCCAAGUGCUGUCCAUGCUACUAUGUCAGCAGAAGAUUCUCUGCCACUGACAGCCUGCACCUCUUGAAGAGGUGAAGUAAUUCUGCUGAAGGGCGCGCAUUCUCCUGUUGGCACGGAGAGUCUUCACCAGACCUGGUGCAAUGGUGUUGAUGUAGUGUUUUAAGCAUAAAGUUGCCUUCAGACUGAAUGGAGCUCUCAAAUUAAAAACAAACCAUUACAAGUAACCAGAAGGUACUCACCCAGGAGUUCUGCAGAAAUUCAAAUAUGAAACCGCAGAACUACUAACUGUGUGUAUCAGUGGUUCUCAAGCUUUUUAGUCCAUGGACUACUUGGCUCAAUGUAAACCUUUCCAUGGACCACCAGCUGCUAAUGGAAACUCACCGUUAAUUACAAAGAAUCAUAGAUCUGUAAGAGACCUCAGGAGUCAUCCCAAAGCAGGACCAGUCCCAACUAAAUCAACUCAGCCAGGGCUUUGUCAAGUCGAGACUUAAACCUCCAGGGAUGGAGAUUCCACCACCUCCCUCGGCAUCCCAUUCCAAUACUUCACCACCCACCCUCCUAGUGAAAUAGUUUUUCCUAGUAUCCAACCUAGACCUCCCCCAUAAUUAUGCCCGAGCCAUUUUGCUAUUACUGCAGCUAGGGAGACUAGUUUAGUUUAAAUUAUUAAACAGAUGAAGUGUUUUAACUCUCAUGUUAUUCAAACUUGAUUUUAAAUAAAAUAUUAAUUUAUGUUCAACACAAAA